UUUGUCCCGCCCCGUGAGAUGCACAUACUUUGAGGAGCGGACGAAGACGAAAAACUCAUUGCUGUGAGUUAGCAGCAAGAGAUUAAAACAAGUCAAGUAUGUUCGUUUAACAAUGUAAUUAAAAUAUCAGAUACUAGCAGACUAAUCGACUCAAACCAACGUAUCUCUUUCUAUUGUGCACCUGUGGGACUGUCGGUGGAACUGCGGUAGGCAACAUCAUAAACGAGGCCGAGAUGGAAGGCGGAAGUUCGUUCAGCAGAAAGUCGUGGGCGUCGCAGUCUUUACGGGUCACCGCCAGGGAGCUCUCAUUGGUCAGCACGCGAGGCAAGACCAACGCCAUCGCAGAGCGCUUCUCCAAGUACCAGAGAGCUGCUGAGGAGGCCAAUGCUGAGAAGAAGAAAGCAUCGGUGGGGAGCCUGCCCCCCACUCUGCGUUCAGGGAACCUGAGUGUUCUGAAGAAGCGCUGGGAGCAGCCGGCACCUCGCCAAGACAAACCCUCCCUGCUACCAGCCGACCCACCCCGCGCCCGCCUUAUCCCCCCAGCCGUACCCAAACCAGUGCCACCGACCGAGCACCGCCCCCCAGCCAAAUCCCCGGGAUCCCCGGGCACUCAGGGUAGUCAAGACACAGCCCCCAGCCGCUUCCWGUAUCCCUCAGCAGCUAUAGCCAAGGAAGGAGCGGAGAGAAGGAUGGAGAGAAAAGAUCAGCGGCCAAGCGAGGGAGAGGAGGAGGAAGGGCUGAUGCAGGUGGAAGAAAAGGUGGCGCCACCCAGCCCCUGCAGCCCCGUCGAGAAACCCAGCGUGCCUCUCAACAGCCUGAAGAUGAUGUUUGAGAAGGGAGAGGGCGCCAAGAGAAGGGUGAGCACAGGACUACACAGCAGCUCCUCCGAGGACAUGGACCAGAGAAUAGGAGUGUUAUCCCCUGACCGAGUUCUGGAGACCACCUCCCUGAAGGAAAGAAUGGCCAAGUACCAGUCAGCCGUUACCAAAAAGGGCCCACUAGCACGCACUGUGAGUUUGUAUUUAUUAUACCCAUUUUGUACAGAAGACGUGGUAUAUUACCUGUUCACCUAUUUUGUAAAAUAUGUUUUGUAUAUUGUUAAACAUUUUGUCACUGUUCUUUUACUGAUCGACCUCUCUGUUCGUCUGCAGGMCAGUCAGUCAGAGGGAGAGGACGGCAGCCUCMAGGAGAAUGUGCCCCCUAGUGGUGUGGCUGUGAGCCAGGCUUUAGAGUCCUACAGCAGAAAAGUUGCUGUAGCAGAGACCAAUGGUGAUGGCAUGGACACACCUACCUCUAAGGAUAGUACCUCUUCUCCAUCCUCAGCCCACAGUGACCCGCCCAAGGCAGCCAGGAAGUUCUGCCUGCCCGUGAGGGAGACGUGCAUUGCAUGCCUGAAGACGGUGUACCCGUUGGAGAGGCUGGUGGCUAACACCCAGAUCUUCCACACCUCCUGCUUCCGCUGUCUGCACUGCAACACCAAGCUCAGUCUGGGAAACUAUGCCUCUCUGCACGGUAAUGUCUACUGCAAGCCCCACUUCAGCCAGCUGUUCAAGGCCAAAGGCAACUAUGACGAAGGCUUCGGCCACCGGCCCCACAAGGAACUGUGGACACCCCGUGCCGAGGGAGAGGAGGAGGAAGAGGGAGUAGACCGGGAGGUGGAGAAGAAGCCAAAGGAGCAGGCAGAAAGAGUGGCGGCGGUGUCCCUUCCAGCCUCCUCAACCAAGCAGCCCAGCCCCACAGUAGAGGAGUCUCCCCUGGCCAAGGUGACGGACCUGACUGCCUCUCUGGAGACACGCAGCCACACUACCUCCACUGAGAAACUCUCCAGCGCCGAGAAAAUACCAGAGGCCCGCAAGCUGAGGGUUGCCUGGCCCCCUCCUGCUGACAGCGAUGCUGGGACCUCUCAAAUUCUGGAGGCUGGUAGUGGUGUGGGCCGGCCCUGGAGAGCCAAGUGGCCCCCAGAGGGCGAGGUGUCAUUGUCCACCCAGAGCCACGACAGGACCGAGCUGAAGAGCCUGAGGAGGAGCUCGUCUCUGAAGGAGCGAAGUCGGCCUUUCUCGGUGGCCCCCAGCCUCACCACCACCAAUGCCCUCGGGCCACGGGAGCCCCGCCGACCCCUCAAAUCCCUUCUGGAUAGGAGGGGAUCACUGGAGGACAGCCGCUCCAUGCCUAGGGAACCGGAACCAAAACCCCAGAGGGAGAGAGAGGAGGAAAGGCAGGAGAGCAAAAUUGAGCGCAAGCCCGCCCCGCCCAGCGGCAGUGUGGUGGAUGAAGAGACCAGCUCAGAGGAGGAGGUGGAGAGUCUGCCGGCGGCACAGGAGGAGAAGAGAGAAGAGCCGACGGAGAGAGGAAAAGAAGUAGAAGAGGCUUCUCUGAAAUGCCAAUCUGCCUCUCCGGAUAUCUCAGCGUCUCCCUCUCCGUCCCCGCAGCCCAAACACAACCGCAGCUCCCAGGAUGUGGGCUUCUGGGAGGGCGAGGAGGAGGGGGGGGAGGGCGAGCAGCUCACCGUAGAGGAGAUGAUCAAGAGGAACCGCUACUAUGAGGAAGAGGAGGAGGAGGAGGAAGAUGAUGUCUGAACAGACACUCCACUCUGAAUCUGGCUGGAUUUAGACUGGAUAUGCACACCAACACAUUCUGUCCCUAGUACUCCCCGUCCACCAUAUAUAACCCAGGGAGUUUUUAAAAGUGCAGGGAUAAAACCAUGGGGACCCACUUGUUGAAUUUUUCUCUGCUUGGGUACAAUCUGUGAUCAUUUUAAUUGUUUGUUUCAUUCACACUAGGAAAGUUAGCAAUAAAUCAGUCUUACUACACUACAUAAAACCAAAUAGCCGGAUUCUUUUGUUUUCUGAGGGAGCCUGAUAGAAGGGAGUGGUAGAUUGUAGCCGAUUUAGAUUGAAAGCAUUGAAUACUGUUUUCCAUGUUUUUUUUUACACUGGUUAAGGCUGGUCUGUGUCUUUUUUUAAACUGGAAGUGAAUACAGUUACGAUAUAUAUGACACAUCUUUUAUAUAAUCUAGGAAAGAUUACAUCGGCUAUAUCAUUCUCUAAACUGGAAAUGAUCUUAUGUUAACAUUUCGCUUUUUGUUGAUGAAGAAAGACUAAGGACUUCUGACAGGAAAGCCUCUCAAAUAAAUAUGAAAUAAAUAUGCAUGUUUGUAUUUGCAAAUCAGAUGCUUUAUAUAGCUUUUGCUUCACAGGUACUUAAGUGGACUAGUCCAUACCACUGCCAGAUGGAUAAUAGGAGAAGAGACGUUCUAAAAUGAUCACAAGCAGUCGCUUCAUCUCUUUGAUAAUACUUGAGAAUCAAAAAAGGCUUCUGAUAAGAAUGUGGUAAAUUGAUCAUGGCCGAGUAAACCAACAGUGUACUUUGAGUUUUUGGGUCCUUUACCUUCCUGGAUUUAUGUUUUUAGUUGUCCUUUGACACAGUGCCUGUUUUGAAUUGUUUUAAAAGCAUCCUAUUUUAUAAUGAAUUUUGAAAAUUGGAUAAAUGCACAGAUUGUUAAACUUACCCUUAUGUUUUAUACCUUACUUUAAGGAGGACCAAACAUUUUUCGUAUCUUGGAAUUUUAAAUCAAAGUAUGUUUGAAAUAAAUAAUAAAUGGUCUAUCAUUGAUA